GCGAGCGUGUUUUCACUAGUUCAGAGACUGGUGACACUGUGUCGAGCAGCAUCGAUCAGACUGUUUAUGUUAGAGUUGCUGCUUCAUUUAUUACGAGAAGUUAUACACCAGUAAAGUUGAACUCUCCCACAAUGGCUACAGACUCUUGGGCCCAGGCAGUGGACGAGCAAGAAGCCGCGGCAGAAUCGAUCAGUAGCCUUCACAUAAAAGACGAGCCAAAGGAAAAGGCCACUUCUGUGAUCACGACAGACUUGGGCACUGCAGCUGUGACAUCAGAAGUUGGAGGAAGCAAGGCUUCAGAAGAGGAUGAAAAAGGUGAUGAGGACAAAGCGGCCCAGUCAUUGUUGAAUAAACUGAUUCGGAGUAAUCUUGUCGACAAUACUAAUCAAGUGGAGGUUCUCCAGAAGGAUCCGAACUCCCCACUUUACUCUGUCAAGUCAUUUGAGGAGUUACACCUAAAACCUCAACUUCUUCAGGGGGUAUAUGGCAUGGGUUUCAAUCGACCAUCUAAAAUUCAGGAGACUGCCUUACCCAUGAUGCUGGCUGAACCUGCACAGAAUCUCAUUGCCCAGUCGCAGUCAGGAACGGGGAAAACGGCAGCCUUUGUUCUGGCUAUGCUCAGCCACGUAGAUCCUAACCACAACUAUCCUCAGUGCCUGUGUGUGUCACCCACAUAUGAGUUGGCACUUCAAACUGGUAAAGUUAUAGAGCAGAUGGGCAAAUAUUACCCUGAGGUGAAGCUCAUUUAUGCUAUCAGAGGGAAUAAGUUGCAGAAGGGAAUGAAACUGCAGGAACAUAUAGUUAUUGGUACGCCUGGUACCAUGCUGGACUGGUGCUGCAAGUUCAAAUUCAUAGACCCCAAGAAGAUUAAAGUAUUUGUGCUGGAUGAAGCUGACGUCAUGAUCGCCACGCAGGGUCAUCAGGACCAGAGUAUCCGUAUUCAAAGGUUGCUGCCUAAAAACUGCCAGAUGUUGCUGUUUUCAGCCACCUUUGAAGAGUCUGUUUGGAGCUUUGCAGAGAGAAUUGUUCCCGACCCCAAUAUCAUUAAGCUGAAGAGAGAAGAGGAGACUCUGGACACUAUCAAACAGUAUUAUGUGUUGUGCAACAGCAAAGAGGAGAAGUUUCAUGCCCUGUGCAACAUUUACGGAGCCAUCACAAUCGCUCAGGCCAUGAUUUUCUGCCAUACGAGGAAGACUGCAGGUUGGCUGGCAGGGGAGCUGUCCAGAGAAGGCCAUCAGGUGGCAUUGCUGAGUGGAGAGAUGCAAGUGGAGCAAAGGGCUGCUGUUAUAGAGCGCUUCAGAGAAGGAAAAGAGAAAGUCCUAGUCACCACAAAUGUUUGUGCAAGAGGUAUUGAUGUCGAGCAGGUUUCUGUGGUGAUCAACUUUGACUUGCCAGUAGACAAGGAUGGGAACCCAGAUAAUGAGACAUACCUACACAGGAUUGGUCGCACAGGUCGAUUUGGAAAAAGAGGACUGGCUGUUAACAUGGUUGAUAGCAAGAUGAGCAUGAACAUCCUGAAUAGGAUCCAAGAGCACUUCAAUAAAAAAAUUGAAAAACUAGAUACGGACGAUUUGGAGGAAAUUGAAAAAAUUACCAGCUAAGGAUGAUGGUCUGACCACACAGGAUGCUGAUCCAACUUCCUUCCCCUCUCUACAUGGACUUCAAGCUGAAAUGUUUUAUGCUUUCAUUUUGUUUUAAUAGUCAGAAAAAAGUACAAAACUCCAACCAUGCUUAUGUUACAUGUGGAUUGUUUUCUCUGACAUUUAAAGUCUAUGGACAUACCCAUUUCACUCUUUGUACUUCUGAAUAAAGUCAAAGUAUGUUGCUUUUUAAUAUGUUGCCACAGAUGCCGGGGGGAUACGACUUAAUUAUUAGACAUAGGUGGACAUGCUUUUCUGUGACUUUUUAAAAUAUUUUGGAUAUUGAUAGAAAUGCUAUAUGGUAAGUAAUUUUAUUGUUUAUGUAAAUUCUAACACUAGUAAGAACCCAAAUGUGUCUGCUGCAACUAAUGAUCGCAGCAGUUUUUUUAUAUUU